AUGCGUCAAAAGAGGGCUAAAUCAUACAGAAAGCAACUGCUGGUAUACAACCAUACAUUCAAGUUCCGUGAGCCAUACCAAGUAUUACUCGAUGAUCAGAUUGUGAUGGACAGCACUACUUCAAAAUAUGAUCUAGUUAAAGCUUUAAAGAGGACUUUGCAAGCAGAAGUGAAGCCUAUGAUUACACAAUGUUGUAUGCAAGCACUAUACGAGACCAAAAAUGAACACGCCAUUGACUUAGGUAAAGAAUUUGAGAGACGUCGUUGUGGGCAUAUGCCAGGUGAAGCAGUCUCUCCGAAGGAAUGUAUCCUAAAUGUUGUUGAUGUGAAAGGCAAAAACAAGCAUAGAUACGUUGUUGCUUGUCAGGAUGUGGAAAUAAGAAGACUACUUAGAAAAGUGCCUGGUGUACCACUGCUUCAUAUUUCCAGAUCAGUAAUGAUCAUGGAACCUUUGAGUGAUGCCAGCGCCAAAGUAAGCAGAAUGGAAGAAGAAAGUAAACUAUUUAGAGGCCUAAAUGACCCUAAAUAUGCAGGUUUGAAGGGUGAACAUGAAGAAGAGGAACAAUCUAAAGAACAAACUGUUGCAAAGAAAAGAAAAAUUGGCCCAAAACAGCCAAAUCCAUUGAGUAUGAAGAAGAAGAAGAAAGAAAACACUAAGAAGGAGCAACAAACAGAAACAUCUGCUGACCAAUCACAGCCUACAAAGAGGAGAAGAUCUAGGAAACACAAGCAUGGUUCAAAGAACUCUACAGACACAAAUGAAAAUGGCAAUUUAUCUGAAGAAGAAAACUAG